UUUAAUCACCUGCGUCGGUGAAGAGCCAGCGGAGCUCUCUGAUUGGUCCGCUCGGGGUCUUUCAGUCUCCUCCCCCUCCCACUGCCAGCGCAGCUCCGUGGAGUCAGCAGCCACCCAGCCAGCCCUCCCAGCGGCGAGUACCCGAGCACAUUAUCAAGGCUCAGGAAAGGCCCGAGAAAAUGUCGCAGUUCAAGGAGCGCUUUGUGGCCGUGCUCCACGAGAAAAACUUUGUGACAGAUCAGUUGGCGACGCUGGAGGGAAAAACGGGAGUGAAGAGGGAGUACAUCGCCCUGGGUCUCCUGAGUUUUCUCGGGCUCUAUCUGCUGUUUGGAUACGGAGCCUCACUGCUCUGCAACCUGAUUGGCUUCGCCUAUCCAGCGUAUUUCUCUAUCAAGGCCAUCGAGAGCAGCGUUAAGGAGGACGACACACAGUGGCUGACCUACUGGGUUGUUUAUGGACUCUUCAGCAUCGUCGAGGCCUUCUCUGACAUCUUCCUCUUCUGGUUCCCAUUUUACUAUGCUGGCAAGUGUGUGUUCCUGAUUUGGUGUAUGGCUCCAGUGACGUGGAACGGCUCUGAGAUCUUGUACAAGCGCGUCAUCCGGCCGUUCUUCUUGAAGCACCAGUCUGCCAUGGACAGCAUGGUCAGCGAUAUUACCUCCAAGGCUAAGAACAUAACUGAGCAAGUCACAAAGGAGGGUGAGAUACCGACAAUAUACAUCUGUUAACCAGGUCCUCAAUCACGACAAGAACCAGUGAGAGACGUGGGAAGGCUUUGUGUGUGUGUGUGCAUGUUAGGUGUGUUUGGUUACUGAAUGUGUGUGUGUGUGUGUGUGUGUGUGUGUGUGUGUGUGUGUGUGUGUGUGCGUCUGUCCUCCCUCCUUCCGUGACGAAUGAUGAUGAUGAGCCCACCCGUCACAUGGUGAACUGGAGCGCCACACUCCUGAAAAUAAGAGCUUGUUUGUGCAUCACGUCGGUUUACUGCCACCCGUACAGCCAAGAAAAUCGGUACAACUGUGAUCCUUCAUCUGCCCUUUAUUGUCUUUGUUGACAGAGUAAGUGGGGGAAAAAAAAAAAUAUGUUGAAAGGUGUAAAAUAUGGUUAUGUACCUGCGGGUUUCAGCAACUAAAUGAGCCAUUUGUGACAGAAAAGUGAGACUGAUAACGUAACGGUUAUAAAAGCAGGUUGUUUUUGAACAGCAUUUUUCUAAAAUUGUUAAUUAAAACUGGACCUUUUUACAUGUCGUUGAUGUCUUCUUGCUCCUGCACGUGUCAAGCAGCAUGAAGUCUGUUUGAGCUCCUGGGAAGGUUCGAUCUAACUGCCUGUCUUCUGUCUUUAAAACGUCUUAAUUUAUCUUGUCCUGAUGAUGAAGCAAUAAAACUGGAACCCUGAUGACCUGA